CGAUGACAAAACUGGAAAUGUAUCGAGCUUAUGCUCGUUUUGUAAAACGCAUGCUUCUACUUGGAGGAAUAUAUCCUAUGAUCGAAAGUUCUAUUCUCUAUCGACAGUUGCCCGUUUUAACGUUAUUAACUAGUUUUAUUAUGUUUUUUGGUGUAAUGAGAUUCUGUUUAUAUAAUAUCAACAAUUUGAGUGUUUUUACAAAAAGCUUAAGUUUGGUUGGUAGUUUCUCUUUGAUGAUUGUUAAGGCAUUUAUGUUCAUCAUAUAUCGAAAACAAUUCUAUGAACUACAUAGUACGCUCGAAUUAAUGUACAAUAAAGUACUUGAAAAUUCGACAUUUAGACCCAUCGUUCUAUCGACGAUGAAUUUAUUCCGAUAUCCAGCAUAUAUGGUAUAUUAUUUAAUAUUGGGCACUAUGAGCUUGUAUAUUUUUGCACCAAUUAUAAUAAUUGGAUACGAAGGAAUCAAAGGUGUAGAACCUAAACAUUAUAGUCUUCCAUUUCUUACAAAUUUUCCAUGGAUUGAUGGAACACCCGGAUUAAUUUAUCAAAUACAGUUUUUGUUUGAGACACAAUGCGUUUGGUUUAUUAUAUUUGUUACUGGCGGUGUUGAUUCAUCUUAUGGAUUUUAUUUAUUUCAAAUGAUUGGGCUGUUACGUGCUAUGUCCUUCGAAUGUAAAAACAGUUUUAAAUCUUCUAGCGAAUUUAAGACCACCUUAUAUAAUUGCAUCAAGAAGCAAAUACGAUUAUUACGUUGUCGCGAUAUUAUCCAACAAAUUUAUGGACCCAUUGUGCUUGACUUAAUGUUGACUAACGCUAUCGUUUUGUGUGCCCUCAUAUUUCAAGCGCUUCAGACAGAAAUGACUAUAGGUAAAAUGCUUAUAUUUGUGAUUUAUGGAUUAUUGAAAACUAUUCAAGCGUUUAUGUAUUCCUGGUAUGGAAGUAUUAUUGCUUCAGAAAGUGAAGCAUUUCAACGAAAUGUAUAUUGCAGCAAAUGGUACGAAUACAGCAAAAAUACAAUGCUUAUGAAAGAUGUUUUGGUAAUAUUAACGCAAAAACCGAUUGUACUCAUAUCAUGUCAUUUUUCACAUAUUUCAUUGAAUAUCUUUAUUAAGGUAAAAAAAAGGAUCAUUAAUACGUCAAUGUCUUAUUAUUUCUUAUUGCAAACAUUUGACGAACGUAAUACAAUAAAUCAAGACAUACCACAAGUUGGCGCAGUUGAAAAACUGUUACCGUUGACUAUUCGUUGGUACCAUAGAUACCAAUUUGCUCGGAAUUGCUGCUAUUUCUAUAGGACAAUGACAGAACAAGUAGAGCUUUAUAGAAAUUAUGCUCGUUUCGUUAAGCGUUUGGUUCUUCUUGCUGGAAUAUGGCCGACGACAAGAAAAGAAGGUUCUUAUUUCUAUCGGCAGUUACCAAUUUUAGCCGUAUCAUCUGGUGUUAUUAUGUUUCUCGGUGUAUUGCGAUUCUGUCAAGAUAAUAUCGGAAAUUUGGGCCUAUUCACAAAAGGUCUAAGCCUCGUAGGAAGUUUCUCUUUGAUAUCAUUGAAGGCUCUGAUGUUUUUUAUAUAUCGAAAGCAGCUUAGUGAACUGAACGGUAUCCUUGAUCCAAUGUUCGAGAAAACACUUGAAAAUCCACGACUGAGACCUAUACUUUUGUCGCUAUUGAAUCUCUUUCGUUACUUCACUUAUAUUUUUUACGUUUUAAUCACUAGUACCUUGUUAUUAUAUAUUUGUACUCCGCUUAUAUUCAUAGGAUACGAAGCAAUCAAGGAUAUACGUCCUAGACGAUACGGUCUUCCAUUUCCAACGAGUUUUCCAUGGAUUGAUGGGACUCCUGGAAUAUAUUAUCACAUAGAAUAUCUUUUCGAAAUACAAUUUGGUUGGUUCGCCAUAUUUGUAACAAGCAGUGUUGAUUCUUUAUUUGGAUUCUAUAUCUUUCAAAUAGUCGGACUUUUUCGAGCCUUAUCUUACGAAUGCGAAUAUUUCGCGCAAUCGGCUGAGGAUUUACGCGAUAUUCUUCAUAAUUGCAUUAAAAGACACAUUGAACUUUUACACUGUCGCAAUAUUAUUCAAAAUGUUUACGGACCGAUCGUAUUCAAUUUGGUCUUGACCAGUGCGACUGUCUUAUGUGCACUAUCGUUCCAAAUAUUUAAGGUAAAAUCAAUUUAUUUCAUAAUGUAUUUCGAAUUAGAAAAAUAUAUUUUUCUUAUUGCGUUGAAGACAGAAAUGACAGUGUCAAAAACUCUUUUAUUCGUUGUUUAUGGUGUAAUGAAAGGAAUACAAACUUUUAUGUAUGCUUGGUAUGGAAGCAUCAUUAUAUCCGAGGGUGAAAAUUUUCGCAGAAAGAUAUAUUGUUGCAAAUGGUACGCAUAUGGUAAUUUAUCUAUUAUGAAAAAGAUUCUUCUUAUAUUAACACAAAAACCAAUGGUAUUGGUAGCAUGUCAUUUUUUUUCUAUCUCAUUAGAUAUGUUUCUUAAGAUUAUCAAUACGUCAAUAUCGUAUUAUUUUUUAUUACAAACAUUCGAAGAAAUGAAUGUACGUUAA